AUGUCACCUCCGCAUUCUGAACUCUUCGAGGAGGCCAUCAAGGUCACUCCUCUGACUUCGCAUACAUACUCGGCGCAUUUGCACCAGGACUGGUGUAUCGGAAAUGUCCCCCAUGGAGGUUAUACGACGGCCAUCCUCUACCGCCUGGCCACGACGCAUUUCGCUCGAUCCGAUGCGCCGCCCUACCUAUCCAAACCGGUCUUACCGAUCUCCUUUCAAUUAACCUUUGUACGACCGACACAAGUCGGACCGGCCACGUUAUCCGUUCAAGAUGUCAAAUUCGGCGCGCGAACGAGCACGAUUCAAGUAACGUUGUCACAGGAUGCCGCGUCUAAAGGACCGCAAACUAAAGUGGUGGGAUUUAUAACGGUCAGUCCGGCGGAGGCAGAUCAGGAAGGCCCCGCGGUGAGCGGGAAUUCGACGCUGCAGCCAACCCCACCCCCAGGAUCACAACCGGACGGCGGGAUCGAUUUUGUUGCCCUGGCGGAACGGGGUAGAGAUGGUCCAUGGACACGAUUCCCCACCAUUCCCGCGAUGGCAGUCUCUCAGCAUACGGAGCUCUUUGGAGCUCUGCCACCACCAACUGUGCAGGAGCGCAUCAAUACCACCGUAGACCAGUGGGCGCGAUUUCGCCCCGGUGGCCAGGUUCCUGCCCGAUGGACAAACGAGGCGGUAAUGUGCUUACUCGAUCUGUUUCCGAUGGCGUUGGACAGACUGGGUGCCAUGGCAACCUCCGCCUGGGCGAGUACCCACGCCCCAGAACAUAGACAGAGUCGUCCACCGGGUCCCUUCUGGUUCCCCACGGUGGCCUUCAACGUGGAUUUAAAGAAAUCCAUCCCGGCCGAGGGAACUGGCUGGUUACAUAGCCGUGUGGUCACAAAAGCCUUGCGCGCCGGACGGGCCGAUCUUAGUGUGGAGAUCUUUGACCAGAAUGGAGAGUUGGUCGCCAUCAGCUCCCAGGUUUGUAUGGUGGUCGGAUUCGAUCGGAAUUUGAAGAAUGGGAACCGCACCCCGUCGGCGCAAGGGAAAUUGUAA